UCCCCCCUCUCAGCGUCCGUGGGAAGGAGGAGUUUAACCCCACAUUGUCUGGGAGGAGUCCGCAGUCUCUGGGCGCUCCGUCCCGAGAACAUUCGCUCUGGAGACAGAGCAGCCGUGGAAGUAAAAUUGAAGAAUUUGUAUGUUUUCUGAUCAAUGCAACGACGCGAAGAAGGGAGCACGUGGCGUAUACUGCGAGAAGUGUGAGUGUGUGUGUGUGAGUGUGUGUGUGUGUGUGUGUGUGUGUGUUUACCAGAGGAGACGUUCAGCCGAUGAGCCAGACGACAAAGGAAUGAAUUUGCUGUGAGGAAUGAGGCUGAGGGAACCUUGCACAUAGGAGCUCCAACCUGAAAAGAGACUUUUCAGACAGGCAGCAAUGGGAAAUUCAGAGAGCCAAUAUAGCAUCCAGGGCCCCAAAGGCACCAGCUUUGUCUUCCCUGGGAAACCGAAGCCAUGCUCUCUGAAGCUCAACUCAGCCAAAGAUGAUGCUCUGUCGCCCCAUACGUGGUGGAAAAGUGCCCCGUUGGGCUCAGGGUACAAAGCAAGGUGUGUUGGCCGUGGCUGUCUGUCCCCUCCUAAAAGCCGGCCGCCUUACUCCCCUAGGCACUGUGACUACGUCUCAAAGGGGACAAGGGGCAGCCCAGGUGAUCAUCGCUGGCGUCGACCGCCUGGAUGUGGUAUACGAAGGCGGCAUAUGUCAGAUGAGUACGAAGAUAAUCCAUAUGGGGCUGAACUUGGGUGCGCUCUGAACGGACACACUGAUGAGAGUGAGGCUUUAGAGGAACAGAGCAGCCCACGGGUGGUGAUCAAGAAGGACGGCAGUCUCAGGGUGGAGUUCACCAACACCUCGGGCAGUCCUGUCCUCCUGGACGGGGCAUCCGGCCCCGUACAACUCCUCAAGUUCUCCCCCAACCUGGAGUCUACCUCCACUCCCAGUCUGCCUGGCUCAAGUUGUAGUAGGCAGGACGGCCACCACAGCGAUCCACCUGCGGCCUCGACCUCCUCCACGGCCAGGACCAGCAAGGGAAGCUCCCUGAGCUCUGAUGGCUCUUGGUAUGACUCUCCCUGGGGGCCCAGCACAGAGCUGUGCGAACAGGACCAACAGUGCUCUGCCAGCAGGACACUGGUCCACUCCCCGAUGCAUCAGCUCGACUCCUUCACUAAACAGUCUCCCCCUGUGUCCAUCACAGACCUCUAUAAGGACUCCACAAUGGCUGCCACCUUUCCCACAGCCAGGGACCUGUCCUCACACUUACAACAGCCUCCACCAGGCCAGAGGCCACACAGAGCUUCUUUUGCAUCAGUCCUGGAUGUUCCAUUGGAGGAAGAAUCUCCUGAGGCCUGCCAGUACUCAUCAUACACCCUGCCCUGUCGCAGGCCCAAAGCCCACACCAUGAGCGUGGACCUGGACCAGUAUCCUGACCAGGAGCAGGCUGGAACUGAUUUUGCCUUCAAUAAAAAAGACUCCAUCAAAAACCGCAUGAGGCGCUUCAGUGACUGGACAGGAAGCCUCAGUCGCAAGAAGAGGAGGUCUCAGGAGUCCCGGUACAAGGACCUGAGCGAUGCCUUCGAUAGCGGGGUUGAUGGCCUGACUGCAGACACCAGCUCCCCCUCUCAGGUCUCUAGCCUCCUCUGGUUCCCAGGAGCCUCCCGGGCCCAAUCAUCAGGAGCCAUUCACCAAACGACCAGCGACGCCCUCCGCCAGAAUAUCUACGAGAACUUCAUGAGGGAGCUUGAGACUGGCACUGGAAAGGGAGGAGGGGGAGGCGGUGAGAGAAGAGACCCAUCCACGGGCACCGAAGAGGGGGAGAGCAGUAGCGAAUCGGCCGAGGGCUCCCUGGAGCAGCUGGAUCUGCUGUUUGAAAAAGAGCAGGGGGUGGUCAGACGGGCCGGCUGGCUCUCCUUUAAACCCCUCGUCACCCUGCACAAGGACAGGAAGCUGGAGCUGGUGACCCGACGCAAGUGGAAGCAGUACUGGGUGACCCUAAAAGGAUGUACGUUGCUGUUCUACGAGACCUACGGUAAAGGCUCUCUGGAGCAGGAGCUGUCACCUCGCUACGCGCUCCUAGCCGAGGACGGCAUCGUCCAGGCCGUUCCCGAGCACCCCAAAAAGGAGAAUGUUUUCUGCCUCAGCAACUCGUACGGAGACGUCUACCUCUUUCAGGCCAGCAACCAGACCGACCUGGAGAACUGGGUGACGGCCAUUCAUUCUGCCAGUGCCUCGCUGCUGGCCAAGCGCCAGGGGAAGGAGGAUACGGUGCGCCUGCUGCGGAGCCAGGUCCGUGGCCUUCUGCAGAAGAUCGACAUGGACGGGAAGAUGAAGAAGAUGGCCGAGCUGCAGCUGACGGUGGUCAGCGACCCCAAGAACCGCAAGGCUAUUGAGAACCAGAUCCAGCAGUGGGAGCAGAACCUGGAGAGGUUUAACAUGGAUCUGUUUAGGAUGCGCUGCUACCUGGCCAGUCUACAGGGUGGAGAGCUGCCGAACCCAAAGAGCCUUUUGGCAAUAGCCAGCCGACCCACCAAAUCCACCCUGGGACGUCUGGGGAUCUUCUCUGUCUCUUCCUUCCAUGCACUGAUCUGUUCCAGAGACGAGGCCACACUCAGAAGGCGCUCACUGACCCUGAAUCACAGACGGCGCAAGAGAGGCCUUUUCUCCUCGCUCAAAGGCCUUGACAACCUUACGAAGAGGGGUCGGGACAAGAGGCCCUCAGUGUCACAGGUCUUUGAGAGCGAUGCUGGAGGUCAAACUUACGCCCUACCUCCCAGGAGCACUGAGAGGCUGGACAUGCUGACCAGUAUCUACUCCAUGUCGCCCCCUGAGGGCGGUGUGUGGGACAGCAUCGGCGGUGCCACAGACGUGCUGACGUGUGUCUACAUGCCAGACGGCCUGACGGUCCAAGUUCCUGUCAGAAGAGACCAGACAGCCGCCGACCUUCUCUCCACAGCCUGCAAGGUGAAACAGCUGGACGCGGGCCUGCACUGCCUCCGACUGCACAGGCGAGCGGGGCAGGGUGUGGAGGUUCGAUACCUGACUCCGGGCGAGCUCCUCCGCGAUGUGGUCAAUGAUCAGUUGGAGGUGGUCCCAGUUAAUGUGUUUACUCUAAACAUGAGAAGGCCGAGCAGCACCGGAGACUUUGGUUUUGCAGUAACGGGACACAUUGACAGCCAGAAAAACAGCAGGAUUUUUGUCAGCGAAGUGCUUCCUGAUGACCUGGCAUUCAACCAAGGCCUGCGUCCAGGUGACGAGAUCCUGGUCCUGAACGGCCGGUGUGUGUCGAGCCUCGACCUUGCUCUGAUCCAGACGCUGUUUGCUGAACAAACCCUGCACCUGAGCCUGAGGCGGGACAGACCCCUACCGCCAACAGUGACCUCCAACCACCAGGCCCUUCCCCUCGAACACAACCAAGAUGUCCACGUCAAGCACCACCGCGCCAAGUCCUCCUCAGAUGUGUGCUCUGCAGCGGAUGGUGCUGAGCCACUGGGUGUAGGACUGGAGAACGGUCACUUCCACUGCACACACAGGCCCGUUCAGCAAAGCAAGAGCGUGGACACAGUGUGCACUCUCUACCAGUCCUUCCAGGAAGGGACGGGCCCAGGCUCUGGGGGUUUGAUGGACAACACCAAGGAACCUCCAGUGAGGCAGGGAGGGGAGUUGGGGUCGGGUCCUACGCAAGAGGCUACCCUGCUCAGACCUUGCCCCAAGCAUAUGAGUGCCACUGAGAGGUUACGCAAGGUCAUCCAGGAGCUGGUGGACACAGAGAAGUCCUAUGUCAAGGACCUGGCCUGUUUGUUCGAGAUCUACCUGAAACCCCUGCAGAAUGAAACCUUCCUCACACUGGACGAGAUGGAGAGUCUGUUUGGCAGCCUGCCAGAGAUGUUGGACUUCCAGAGGGUCUUUCUACAGACCCUGGAGGAGAGGAUCGCCUCCUCGCCCGACUUCAGCACUCUGGAGACCCCCUCACAGUUCAAGAAGCUGCUGUUCUCUCUCGGGGGAUCCUUCCUCUACUAUGCUGACCACUUCAAGCUCUACAGCGGCUUCUGUGCCAACCACAUCAAGGUCCAGAAGGUCCUGGAGAGAGCUAAGACGGAUCAGGCCUUCAAGGAAUUCCUGGAUGCGAGGAACCCCACCAAGCAGCACUCGUCCACCCUGGAGUCCUACCUGAUUAAACCGGUGCAGAGGGUGCUCAAGUAUCCCCUGCUGCUCAGGGAGCUGGUCUCCCUCACUGACGCUGACAGCGAGGAGCACUACCACCUUACCCAAGCUCAGAAAGCAAUGGAGAAGGUGGCCAGCCACAUCAAUGAGAUGCAGAAGCUCUACGAGGAUUACGGCUCCGUGUUUGAUCAGCUAGUUGCCGAGCAGACUGGCCACGAUAAAGAGGUCACAGAGAUUUCUAUGGGAGAGUUUCUCAUGCAUUCCUCAGUGGUCUGGCUCAACCCGCAUUCGUCAUUGGGUCGCAUGAGGAAGGACCCAGAAAUGACCGUGUUUGUGUUCAAGAAAGCGGUGAUAUUGGUCUACAGGGAAAACAACAAGCUGAAGAAGAAGAUGACCAGCUCUCGUUCAGCACUUUCUCAUGGAGAUGCAGACCCCUUUAAGUUCCGUUGGCUCAUACCGCUUUCUUCGCUGCAGGUCAGAUUGGGAAAUACUGCAGGAGCAGGCACAGAAAGCAGCUGUAUCUGGGAGCUGAUUCACUCCAGGUCUGAAGUGGAAGGUAGACCAGAGACAGUCUUCCAGCUGUGUAGCAGUGUGCCAGAGAACAAGGUCAACAUUAUCAAGGUGAUCCGCUCCAUCCUCCGGGAGAACGUGAGGAGGAACAUGAGGAGCGAGGAAACGCUAGAGAGGAGCUGUAAGGAGCGACUGGUCCCCAUGCGCAGCACCUUGCCCUCCUCCGUCAAGCUAGGUUCCACUAGGGCUUCCUGGUUGUGUAAACAGCCACUUGGAGAUCUCUCCGCCCAGGCUGGGAAUCCCAAGCUGGGGCCGGACUCGGACGAGGGGAGUUUGAGCAGUGGAACCUACAGUUUGUCUGGGGCUCCUCCACUGUGCACCUCCUCUGAGUCGCAUAUCCUCCCUGUCCAGCAGAACUGGUCCCAGACACCUGGAUCAAACUCAAAACCCCGCUCUGCCUCUGCUGUUAAAGAGUCUGAUAUUUUAAGCGACGAGGAUGAUGACGGUUUUAGUGAAGGGGGCACAAGGAGGGGCAGUGGAGACAGCAGUUCCCCAACUAGCGCCAUUGAGGCUCAGUUCCUCCAGCUUAAACUAUCGGAGGAUGCUGCCCCGGCUCCCUGUGUUCAACCCGAGAGAGUGGGGGACACUCCGGAGACCCAACCCAAACUGAUGCGCGGACACUUCGGUGCUGUUAAGAGGAAAACCAACAGUUUCAGGAAGAGCCAGGGUGCACUGUUGAACAUGAAAGCGCACAGCAGGUCACUUGACAGCCAGACGGACCCAGCAUCACCGUCAGGGGUCGUGGACCUCAACGCGUUGCUGGAGAGAGAGUUCAGCGUCCAAAGUCUGACUUCUGUAGUGAAUGAAGACUGUUUCUACGACCCAGCUGAGGGCUGUGACACAGAUGCUGGGAAUGCCACCUCCUCAUAGGGGACUAGAUGGAUAGAGUAGGACUAUACUGUACCAGGGCCAAUAGUAAAGGGUCAUAAAGUUAAAAUGCUAACCAAAGCCCAUGCGCCAUAAGAGGGGAAACCAGGCUCUACCAGUGUGGCUUUUGCCUCAACUCGGAAUUUGAUUAAGUUAGCCAUGCACCUGCCUGCUUAAAGUUAGGUGUAAGUUAUCUGAUCUGAUGGAAGCCUAUUGGCUGACAGACUUCUGUCUGAGUCAUUGAUAAUAUAUACAAUGAAACCACCAAGUACUGAUGCGUUGCAGCCAUUUCCUCAGCUCUCUGAGCUUUGCUUCCUCCCAACAAACCGUCUGAGUGAUGUAUUCCACCCUAUUUUCCCCUUCAGCUCAAGCUGAUCAGCAGUUUUUAUUCAGUUUUUGACCAUGUCUAUGGAGAAUGGGGAGAAUGGCCUCAGUCUGUCAACCUAAAGUAAAAAGUCCACAUUGCAUAUAGAGUCAUAUAGAGAUACUGAGGUUCCUGGAGGCAACCACACUGGUGCUUAAGCACUGUUUGCCAGGCGGCAGGCUUUCACACAUAGGCCAUGGGUUCUGGGUUGGUAUAGUUUUCAUUUGUAUUUGGUGGCACAGAACCAAACACUGUCAGGUCCCCACUCAUUGUAAAUUUGCGAAUUUUAUGAAAUGAAAAGAGGCACUGAGUGAAGGCUAUUACAUGAUAAUAACAUCCACCCAAAGAGCUGUGGCGGUCGUGUCAGACUUCCUGAAAAUAGAUGAUGUUACAAACAGGAAGGACACUAACUUUCAAAACCAAGCCUUUUUGCUGUAUUUUGUGCACUAAAGUACAAUGUUUGCCUAUAUAUUUGAAAUAUUUUUUAUCUGUACAGGUUUUAAUGUUAUUAAUGCUGUUUUUUAUUUAUUAAUAGGUUUGACUAUGUACAGUAUAGCUUGGCAAACUUACUUUUUGAGUGAAGGCUUGAACUGUUAACUAAAGAUUUGAUCCAUUACUAAAUACAAAAGAUGCAAUACAGCUUGACUUUUUUUCCCGCUUCAUUUUAAAUGUUGCUUACUGGAUUUUGGUAGUCUUUCCCUUAAAAUUGCAAUUUCUAGUAUAUCCUUUGGAAUGUACAAGAGUUUUGAGGUCUGGCUGCUUAAUUGAAUGAGUUAAACGGCAAUACUGUUUAAAACCCAAUUUUUCUUUUAAUGUUUGUGUCCUGUAUAUAUAAUCUUUUCUAUCUUUGGAACAUGUAUGUAGUCUCUCAUACAUUCUUGACACUGUACAGGUAAGACAAAAGGCAGGAAUUGGCAAUAAAUGCGGCUGAUAUUUUUGUAAAAUCUUUUGUUUUCCAUAGCAUAAAGAAUGUGUUGAGGUAAUAUAAGGAGGCAAACCAACAUGACAUUCUUUACCUUCUCAACUCAACUUUACCAUGCCUUUAAUGCUAGCAUACCAAUGAAUGUGAAUGCCCCAUUCUUAUGGAAUUGUUUUAUAAAUAAAAGUUUUA